AUGGGUUGUACUCAAAGUGAAAUAUCUCCGCAAAAUGAAACACCAAGAAAAGGUUGCACCGAUGUGUUGUGGCUAAUUAUUUAUAUCUUAUUUUGGAUAUUAAUGAUAAUCGUCGCUGCGAUAUCUUUUGUGUACGGUAAUCCUUUACGAGUUAUUAAUGGAUUUGAUUCUUUUGGGAACACAUGUGGAGUGAAAAGCAACUACAAGCUAACAGCAGCACCUGUGUCUGGAAUAAGUACUAUUGACAAAAAGUAUUUAUUUUUUAUGGACGUAAAAGAGCUUCAAAGAUCUCUGAAAAUAUGUGUGAAAGAAUGUCCUAAUAAGAAAUUGGAGUCUAUGGCUGAUAUACAGAACUUCUAUAAGGAGACUGGAUCUAACCUUUGCCGUUAUGAUAUCAAUUUGAACUCAUUGGCUAGCAAUAGGGAUGUAUCUAACAACUACAUUGGGCCAUGUCCAACACUGCCAGUGUAUGAAACCUUCCCACUGCUAAAUAGAUGUUUCCCUAAGUCAGCAAAGGAACUUACGAAGAAAGUAUUCAAUGACUUUUAUGAUCUGCUGAACAGUUGGGAUACUAUUGAGCAGAUGCUCUCAGAUCUAUAUUCAUCAUGGAAGGAAAUGAUCAUUUGUGUCAUUAUUGCAUUUAUAUGUUCUUUAAUCAUGGUCUCAAUACUGCAUUUAUUGGCUACUUUGGUGUCGUGGAUAUUCAUGAUAUUGGUUUCGAUAGCCAGUGUGGCAGGAACAGCAUUAUUAUGGUACACAUACUAUGAGCUGAAGAAUAAGCACAAGACCUUUGAAACUGCGUAUUUGUCUGAAUCUCUAAAGAACGAGAGCGCGUUUUUGUGGUAUUCAAUUAUAGCCACAAUAAUAACGGUGAUUUUACUCCUGCUUGUGUUUGUGAUGCGCUCCCGCGUAUCUUUCUUGGCGGCUCUCUUCAGGGAGACGGCUCACUGCCUUGGCUCCAUUCCCGCUCUUUUCCUACAACCUAUAAUAACAUUCUUCAUCCUUGUGCUAUUUUUAGCAUUUUGGUCCAUUGUUGUGGUCUGUCUGGCUACAGCAAAUUAUCCCGGUAUACCACUGCAGACAAACUUCUUAAUCAAUGGUUCUACUUCAACGGAGUUUGAUUCCCUUAAUAAACCAGCCAUUGAUACACACAACGGCAACUCCACUUUGAAAACUUUCGCCCUGGAGAAUAUUCAGUUCGACCCGAUGUGGGUGAAGAGCAUGUGGUGGAUAUGUUUGAUCUGCCUCGUGUGGGGCAGUGAGUUCAUCCUCGGCUGCCAACAGAUGACCAUCGCUGGAGCUGUCUCUCAUUGGUAUUUCAGGGGACCAAACGCAAACUCGCCAGUCUUAUAUUCAAUUGGCAAGCUUAUCAAGUACCAUCUGGGUUCUGUCGCCAAAGGAUCUUUCCUGAUUACACUGUUCAAGAUACCUCGCCUUAUUUUAACUUAUUUGCAUGCCAAGUUAUCAGCUAGAGCAGAGAAGGGUUCGGAAUGCGCAAAAUGUGGUCUCAAGUGUGGUAUCUGCUGCUUCUACUGUCUUGAAAAGUUCAUUCGCUAUCUGAAUCACAACGCUUACACUAUAAUUACCAUUGAGAGGUGCCACUUCUGUAAAGCGGCUGGAAAGGCAUUCAGCACAAUAGUAAACAACGCACUGCAAGUGGCGACUAUUAACAGUGUGGGCGACUUCAUCCUGUUCCUUGGCAAGUGCAUAGUGACCGCGGUCACCGGCAUCAUUGGCCUACUGCUCCUCAAGCGAAACUCUGACCUCCACUUCUUUGCUGUACCCACAUUAGUCAUCUGUAUCUACUCGUUCUUCAUUGCACACUGUAUCCUUUCUCUUUACGAGAUGGUAGUCGAUUCACUGUUCCUGUGCGUUUGUGAAGAUCGCAAUAUGAAUGGUGACGACGGCAGAUGGAAGAACUCUCGUUUGGCGGAACUCGGCGGACAUAAGGGGAACAAAUAUGACGAACAAGACGGCGCCGAGCUGCAGGACGUGCCAGACAAGUACUAA